CCACCCACCGGACUGUGUAGUCAUCCAAGUCACAGCCUCUUAACUUGUUCACCAGUAUGGGUGGCUAGCCUUCAGUAUCAUGCCUUCUGUCAGUCUCACAAAUGGACUUCUCGAUAAGUUUUUCCAAAAUUUUACCUGGUAUUGAGGUCCAACUGGCUGGCCUAUAGUUUCCCAGAUCCUCCCUCCUCCCCUUCUUAAAGAUUGGCACCGUAUUGGCCCUUUUUCAGCCUUUAGGGACCUCUCCCAAGCACCACAAGUCUUCAAAUACCUUUGCCAAUGGUGCCCAACAUUUUUUUUUUAACCCAGGGACGUUCAUAAAUUGAGACUUAAGAUCACUUACCCACACUUGAGCUGCCCGCCUUUCAGGUUCUUGCUCAUAACUUGGGGCCUUCAGCUACAGAAGAGGCCCUGGUUCAUCCUGACACAAGAGAGGCUCCUGCCCUGGUUCAUCCUGACAUCACCUCCCCUGGAGGACUUUUCUUGCAUUUGGACUUCCUCUGCUUCUCCCAGCCCCCUGCUCCCCAGCUGCAGUUCAUGUGCAGUUUACAGCCACUGUGUCAGGACUGGACACCUGGAAAUGUGUGUACCACUGCCACCACUUUUUUUUCCUGUUUUUUGGGUGUAAGUAGUGUUGGAAUGUUGAAAAAGGCAUUGUAUUCAAAACCUUGUCUAAGUCUAUCCCAACCAUGCAGUUGGUCCAAUGAAAGAGAUCACUCAGAAAUCCUUGCCUUGUGCAUAUCAUAAUAUAAGUUUUAAAUUUAUUAAUCAAAAGCUCAGUCACAAAGUAUGUCAGGAAGAUGGCUACUCUGUUGAAAUUCUUUUGCUUGGUACAGGGAGAGGGUCAGGGGAAAAGCAAAUCUUUACCCAUAAGAUUUCAAGAGCAGAGCUGAAGAACUUGGUAAAUAGGGCACUGUAGUGCACAAAGAAGAUUUAUUAAAAUAAUUGAAUAAUUAAAUUUAAUUGAGCAAUUAAUCAUUGAAAUUUACUUGAACAUAUAAUACAUUUGUGCUAAUAAGUGGACUAGUUUUAAUUAGCUUGUUAUGCCUUGCAAAGGAUGUGACAAACUGAUCUCCUAUUUAAUUAUAAGAACUAAAUGGUUCAGAUGAUCCUGUCGAGAGAACCUCCUUUCUUGAUUCAAAGUGAACAAGAGCAUUCAGUGUGUUGUAGUUUAAGAAAUGUCAUGUCUUAAGCAUAAGUUUAUUACAAUUCUAAUGAAUGCUGUACUGUAUAUAAAGCAAGUACUUGGGUCUUCUUACCAAGAUAAGGCUUUUACUUUGGAAAUUUUCAAAGUUAUUUUUGUUCAACUGGCUAUAUUUUUAGGAGCUAAUUUUCUUAUAAAACUUAAUUGGUAAAUCCCUGUGGACUGCUGCAGUGUUCAACAAUUUUAUAUAUAGCCACAAACUGCUUGUCUUGAAAUAAACAUUUUAUUCCAAAAAUCUGUGCUGUUCUUGGUGCCAGAACAUCUAGAAAAGGAUUUUCAUAUUUUUCCUUAUUUCAGAUUUUGAAUAUAAGUGUUUGUGGCUUUUUUAUUUUGUGUAUGCACUUUGUAGUCCAUUGGCACAGACAGCUUUUGAUGUUGAUCUGUCUAAAAUGUUAGUUUUAUUUAAAAGGGGUGGGGGUAAUGUUGACUAUAUACAGAUCUUAAGCCUUUUCUGUUUCACCAUUUGGUACAGUCAAGCUUAGUUUCAGCUCUUCUCUCAGUUGAGUAUACAUACCAGUGUUAGUCAUUCAAAAUGUCAAAAUUUGGAUGUAACCCAGGAGUUGAAAAGAAUGUAAACUUUUAUGUAUUGAAAGAUGAUAAGCUUUCUGGAUGAGGAGGUAUAAGUGAAAUACUGUAUUUUUGAGACCUUUUAUAAACAGACUUCAGAAUUGUCUUUAAGUAGUGUUACGUUUUAUACUGAUUAGAAAUAAAAAAGCUUCAGUAUUCUUGAUUUCCCUUAUUUUUACAACACCAUAGACUAGAGUGAUGGAAUAUUAAAAAAAAUAGAAAUACAUACUGCAAUUAUAGACUAUUUCUUUGUCUAGUGGCAAAACCAAACAUUUCAUGCUCUCUGUCUGAAGUAUUUUAAGAAAGAACUUCAUUACUUAUGGUGUCCCAGGAAGACGAAAGCAAGGGAACAGGAGACCCCUCCCAUGGUGGGACCUGGGGCAGACACAGCCCAUGCCCAUAAGAAAAAGGAAAGCCCUGAAGACAGGGCGAAUUUCCCUUUUUCAGGAGAAGAAGAGACGGACCAGCCACACCAGGAUGGAGUGCCCACACGAUUCGUCAGCCCCUUUUUAUUUUCGGCUAAAAGCGGCACAGGCAGAUGAUGUCACGCAAGAAUGCUGCCCGGCAGAAAUAAAAGCCGGUGGCCAGGAAGCAUCUGGAGAGGUGCUGCAGGAGUGCUCUCUGAGCUGGGCAAGUACUGCACCGGCUGCCACCAGGGGACCCGAGGGCAGACCCACUGGAGGGGCCCGCGAGCAAUUAGGGAAACGAGGACAGUGUCAAGGGACUGCAGAGCCGCAGACACCAGAGUUGUGAGUGGGGAUGGGCUAAGACUCUGCUACCCUUUUCUUUCUUUGUUAAUGUGUUCCUUUUGUGCAUUACCCCAAGGGGCUCUAAGGCGAGGAUCAGGGCCACGGGUGACACUCAGGGAAUAGGAAGGGCCGGGGCAGUACUGGGAGCAGCAGCACAGCAAGGAAGACCUGGCAUAGCAGCAGAGAUGGUCUAACGUCUGGAAGACACAGAGGGCAGGGGGAGAUCACCAGAAGCCCAGCAGAUGAAGAGGGUCCAGGAGGCGACAUCGGAAGGUACAGUGAAUGUUUCUGUUGGUGUAAAUGGGACACUGUUUGCAAAGAUGCCAGUUUGGAAAUACAGGCCAGAGCAACUCACUUUUUGUUUGUCCGAAACCAUGCAAAUCAUAGUAGAGGAGCUACUCUGUACAUACACUUCUGGUCUGCAGAUGGAAAGUGGUGCAUAGGUCCUUCUGGUCCAGCUCAUGUCCCCAUUUGACGACUGUUCAGAUAUGGGAGCCUGCAUAGAAUGCAUUUUAGAUCCAGUGGUUGCUCAUGUGAAGAGACAGCAUGACAUUUUGAAGUAUGACAGAAGUCCUGAUGCUGCAACAGAGGCUAGGAAUAUUAAUGGCCAAAUCUAGCGAUCACAUGGUCUUUUAAAGAAGUCAUGGGUAGCUGUUGUAGCUGUCCAGAUAAAGAAACUGUCCCAGAUAACCAUCGAAACAAGUUUAAGGUCAUUAAUGUGGAUGAUGAUGGUAAUGAACUGGGUUCUGGCAUAAUGGAACUUACAGAUACAGAACUAAUUUUAUACACCCGUAAACGUGACUCUGUAAAAUGGCACUACCUCUGUCUCCGUCGCUAUGGCUAUGAUUCAAAUCUCUUCUCUUUUGAAAGUGGUCGACGAUGUCAGACUGGACAAGGAAUCUUUGCCUUUAAGUGUGCUCGUGCAGAAGAUCUAUUUAAUAUGCUGCAAGAAAUCAUGCAGAAUAAUAGUAUAAACGUAGUAGAAGAACCAGUAGUAGAAAGGAAUUAUCAUCAAACUGAGUUGGAAGCUCCAAGAACCCCUCGAACACCUACCACUCCUGGUUUCAAUGCACAAAGUUUACCUAAUGGAUAUCCCAGGCAUCCCUCCUUUGGAGAUGCUUCUUCACACCCUUCCAGCAGACAUCCUUCUGUAGGAAGUGCACGGCUCCCCUCAGUAGGUGAAGAAUCAACACAUCCAUUGCUUGUAGCAGAGGAACAAGUGCACACGUAUGUCAACACUACCGGUGUACAAGAUGAAAGAAAAAACAGAUCAAGUGUGCAUGCCCCACUAGAAUCAAAGCUUUCUAAUACAGAAACAAGCAAGUCAAGAGAAGAUCCAAAUUGUAGCGAUGAAAGAGAUGCUCAGGUUCUUCUGGAGCCUGAAGGAGUCAAAUUUGUUUUAGGACCAACUCCUGUUCAAAGACAGUUAAUGGAGAGAGAAAAACUGGAGCAACUUGGGAGAGACCAAGUUAGUGGUAGCAGUUCAAACAACACUGAAUGGGACACUGGGUACGACAGUGACGAACGCAGAGAAACAUCCUCUGGUAACAAAUUGGUUUACGAAAAUAUAAAUAGGUUAUCAAUCCCUAGUGCCUCAGGGCUCAGGAGAGGUCGUCUGACAUCAACAAGUACCUCAGAUACCCAGAAUAUCAACAACUCUGCUCAAAGGAGAACUGCAUUACUAAACUAUGAAAACUUGCCAUCUUUGCCUCCUGUUUGGGAAGCUCGCAAGCUAAGUAGAGAAGAUGAUGAUAAUUUAGGACCAAAGACUCCAUCUCUGAAUGGCUACCACAAUAAUCUAGAUCCCAUGCAUAACUAUGUAAAUACAGAGAAUGUAACAGUGCCAGCAAGUGCUCAUAAAAUAGAAUUAACACGACGUCGGGACUGUACGCCAACGGUCUUUAACUUUGAUAUUAGACGUCCAAGCUUAGAACACAGGCAGCUCAAUUACAUACAGGUUGACUUGGAAGGUGGUAGCGACUCCGACAACCCUCAGACUCCAAAAACUCCUACCACUCCACUUCCACAAACUCCAACCAGGCGCACAGAGCUGUAUGCUGUGAUAGACAUUGAAAGAACUGCUGCUAUGUCAAGCUUGCAAAAAGCACUGCCACGAGAUGAUGGUACUUCUAGGAAAACUAGACAUAACAGUACUGACCUGCCUAUGUGAGCCUGGGAAGUGUUUAAAUCAUUUGCACCUUUUGUGAAGUUUAUAAAAUUGAAGAUGCAAGUACUUUAUUUGCAUUUCUUAACACUAACGCCUUUUAUAGACUAAUAGAUUUUUUUUUUUCUGAAUACUCAUGUGCUUGUUUAACUAAAGGGAAUUAAUGUAGAGCAAGUAUUCAUUAAUUAACACUAUUUCAUUCUACAGUAGUAGCAAUUGCUGCAUAGCAGCACUGCCACCUUUCACAGUGCCUCUUUAACUGAUUAGAGUUGGAGUGACAUGCCAGUUUUGAAUUUAUCACUAUUCUGGCCCUGUGCCUGUAGUCAUUAAAUGGCAUUUAUAACAGUUUAUAAAACCUCUUAAUAUGUGCAUUUAGCAGGUAAGCCUAAUCUUUCAAGGUAAAUAUUUGUAUGUUCAGUCUUCAUUCAUGUGGCCUCCAGUAUGAGAUAAGUAAUUCCUUGUUCAGUCAGCUUGAUUUAUGCAGACUAUUUUGUAUCAUCUUAAAGGAUAUGAACACUACACCUUCUUGUGUAUCUGUCAGUUCAUUUUUCUGAAAUCCUGUGGACAAAAAAGCUUCAGAUGUCCAAAGGUGUGUUUUAAAUUCUGUAACAUUUGAGGGGUCUGUGAGGCUCGCUUUGUCAGAGCUGUCAUUGCAUCUGAAACCAGUCUUAGGCUGUUCCACUAGAAAAAGGUAUCCAAGUAACAGAAGCAAGUUUCCUGUAGUCUUAAAAUUUUCAUUUCAUCAGAGGUUUGUGAAGGAGUUCACAGGUUGGUUGAAUAUUAAAGCUCUUUUUGUAGUA